AUGGAAAUGUCUUCGCCCGUCGUUACCGUUGAUAGAAAUGAUUGCAAUUAUAAAGAAAAGCGUAUAUUGAUACGUAAACUUGAUUUACACAUACUUCCAUUACUUUCUAUUACUUAUUUCCUAUCAUGUCUUGAUCGUGCAAAUAUUGCUAAUGCAAAAUUAGCUGGUCUUGAACGUGAUGUUCAUCUUACACCUGAACAAUAUCGAUGGUCUUUGUCAAUAUUUUUUAUUGGCUUUGCUAUUUUCGAACUUCCAUCGAAUAUUAUUCUUCGACGAUGGAAACCAUCAAAAUGGAUUGCUCUUAUUGUUUUCUUAUGGGGCAUAGUAGCAGUGAGUACGGCAGCAGUACGUAAUGCCAGUACUCUUCUUCUAUGUCGAUUUUUACUCGGUCUAUUUGAAGCUGGUUAUUUUCCUGGCCUUGUUUAUUACACAUCAUUAUGGUAUGAAAGAAAAGAACAAGCUUUUCGACUUGGAUUUUUUCUAUCAUUUGCAACACUUGCAGGAGCUUCUAAUGGUUUACUUGCUUUUGCUAUUCUUCAAAUUAAAUCAACAUACUUUAGUCAAUGGCAACUUAUUUUCAUUAUUGAAGGUAUUCCAACACUAAUUCUUGCAUUAAUUUGUUGGUUUUGUUUACCUGAUUCACCAGAACAAGCACGAUUCCUAACUGAUAAACAACGACAACUACAAAUUGCUCGUAUUACACAAGAUGCAGGUGCAUCUCUUCAUCAUUCCUUUUCUUGGUCACAAGUUAUCUCUAUAUUUACUGAUUGGAAAACAUAUGUGUAUGCCAUUAUUUCUAUAUGUGGAAAUAUUAAUCAAGCCGGUGUGACUCUAUUUUUACCUUCACGUAUUCAUUCAAUGGGUGUUUGGACACCUUUACAAACACAACUAUUAACGAUUCCACCUUAUAUUGCUGCAUUUGUUAGUAUAUUAGUUAUUUGUCGUAGUUCCGAUUAUUUUAUUGAACGAUCAAUUCAUCUUGUUUUUGCGAAUCUCUUAACAAUAAGUGGUCUUCUUAUAAUGUUAUUUGUUGAUGAACAACAUGUAAAUAUUCUAUACAUGAGUUUAAUCCUUGUCAUGUGUGGUAGUUAUGCAGAUGCUGGCAUGAAAAUAGCUUGGUUUAAUAAUAAUUUUGCUUCUUUAACACGACGUGCAGUUGCAUCAGCAGUAAUUGUAUCUCUCGCACAAUUUGGCAGUGCAAUAGGAGGACAAAUCUUUAAUGAAAAAGAAAAACGAAAAUAUUUUCUUGGUAAUAGAAUUGCAUUAAGCGUUGUUAUAUUACAAACAAUAUUAAUAUUGAUACUUCGUUUUAUAUUUGCUUUUAUUAAUCGUCAACGAUCACGAAUGAAUAUCGAAGAGAUUAAUCAACAAAUUCAACGAUAUGGUGGAAAAGAACUCGCUGGUGAUCAUCAUCCUGAAUUUCGAUAUACAUUAUAA